AUGACAGUCUUUCGAUUUCAAAGAACUCUCGAACAAAACCUUACCCACAUUGUCGAUCGCUACCAACAUGUAGCUUCUCACUUAGAUGACAACCUCUUUGUUAGGCUCACUAUGGAUGUUGUAAACACUAGUGGCCAAACUGGUAAAAAGACUGCAAGAGGAACAUUCCUCUCCUUGUUCCUUGGUGACUCCAAAACUCUCCUCUCCAUCAUGAUUCAUAUCUUUCCUGAAUUGGGUCUGGUCCAAUCUGAUUGCAUCCAAACUAGCUGGAUCCAAUCAGUUCUUUUCUGGACCAACUUCGCUAUUGACUCACCCGAGCUCUUACUCAACCGCACCCCACCAUCGGUCACUUUUCUGAAGAGGAAAUCAGACUAUGUGAAGCAACCAAUUCCGAGGGAGAAGUUAGAUGAUAUCUGGAAGAAGAUGAUUGAAUUGGAAGCUGUGAUGUUAACUUUCAACCCUUAUGGUGGGAAAAUGGCUGAGAUUCCUUCGACCGCAAGUCCUUUUCCUCAUAGAGCUGGAAAUCUAUGGAAGUUUCAGUAUGCCACAAACUGGAACGAAGGAGGGAUUGAAACUACAAACCACUUCAUAGAUUUAACAAGGGAGCUUCAUAAGUUCAUGACUCCCUUUGUUUCCAAGAACCCACGGCAGGCAUUCUUUAACUACAAGGAUCUUGACAUUGGCAUCAACCAUAAUGGGAGGUUUAGUUUCUGGGAAGGAAGAGUUUAUGGGGUGAAGUACUUCAAGGAGAAUUUCAAUAGGCUGGUGAAAAUUAAGACUGAGGUUGAUCCUGCUAAUUUCUUUAGACAUGAACAAAGCAUCCCAACAUUACCACAUAAUUAG